UCAUCUCAUAAAUUAGUGAACACAAAGGAAAAAUAAAUAACAUCUUUUUGUUUUAAUUACUCAAAAAAAAAGCACACAAAGAAAAUGAUGAUGAACAAAGUUGUAUUGGGUUCGAUCCUGUUUUUCAUGUUGGUCAGUUCGGUUCUUGUGGUUGAGGCUCGUCCUUUGGGUUUAACGAAGGCUGAAGAGAAGCUCGUGGCUAAGUUCUUUGAUGGUUUGUCACUUGGGGCGAUCAAGGGCUCGGGUCCUAGCUCUGGUGGUGAGGGUCAUCAUUUUGUCGACCGGAGUGAGACGCUUGGGUAUGGUAAACACUCCGGUCCCAGCACGAGCGGACCCGGCCACUAAUUUCGGACCGGACCAGUUAAUCAGGUGGCUGCUUUUGUCUAGCUUCAGAGAUUGAGUGGUUGUUAUAUAUAUAUAUAUAUAUA